AAGUGUUCUUGACAGGUCCUGAGAAGUCUUUCUCGUUUGGGCUGGAGAUCACAGCAUACAAAAGCCGCCCUACAGCGUGAACCCGGAUUGGGAUUUAGCUUUGAGUUCACUGAACAGCAAAAAGAAUUUCAAGCUACUGCUCGUAAAUUUGCCAGAGAGGAAAUAAUCCCAGUUGCUGCAGAAUAUGAUAAAACUGGUGAAUACCCUGUCCCCCUAAUUAAAAGAGCCUGGGAACUUGGUUUAAUGAAUUCACACAUUCCAGAGAGCUGUGGAGGUCUUGGACUUGGAACGUUUGAUGCUUGUUUAAUUACUGAAGAGCUGGCUUAUGGAUGUACAGGGGUUCAGACUGCAAUUGAAGCAAAUUCUCUGGGGCAAAUGCCUGUUAUUAUUGCUGGAAAUGAUCAACAGCAGAAGAAGUACUUGGGAAGGAUGACUGAGGAGCCCCUGAUGUGUGCCUACUGUGUGACGGAACCUGGCGCGGGCUCUGAUGUAGCUGGCAUACAGACCAAAGCAGAGAAGAAAGGAGAUGAGUAUGUUAUCAAUGGUCAGAAGAUGUGGAUAACCAAUGGCGGGAAAGCCAACUGGUACUUUGUGUUGGCACGUUCUGAUCCAAAUCCCAAGACUCCUGCAGGUAAAGCCUUUACUGGAUUCAUUGUGGAAGCAGAUACCCCAGGAGUGCAGAUCGGAAGGAAGGAAUUAAACAUGGGCCAGCGAUGUUCAGACACUAGAGGAAUCGUCUUCGAAGAUGUGAGAGUACCUAAGGAAAACGUUUUAAUUGGUGAAGGAGCUGGUUUCAAAAUUGCGAUGGGGGCCUUUGAUAAAACCAGACCUCCGGUUGCUGCUGGUGCUGUCGGGUUAGCGCAGAGAGCCUUGGAUGAAGCCACCAAGUAUGCCCUGGAAAGGAAGACGUUUGGAAAGCUGCUCGUGGAGCACCAAGGGAUAUCAUUUUUGCUGGCUGAAAUGGCAAUGAAAGUUGAACUGGCUCGACUGAGUUACCAGAGGGCGGCUUGGGAGGUGGAUUCUGGUCGCCGAAAUACCUACUAUGCCUCUAUUGCAAAGGCGUUUGCUGGCGAUAUUGCCAACCAGUUAGCUACCGAUGCUGUGCAGAUUUUCGGAGGCAAUGGGUUUAAUACGGAAUAUCCUGUGGAGAAGCUGAUGAGGGAUGCCAAGAUCUACCAGAUUUAUGAAGGUACUGCACAAAUCCAAAGGCUUAUUAUAGCCCGAGAGCAUAUUGAAAAGUAUAAAAAUUAAAGAGAUUGCCACAGAAGCUUGAUUAAUCAUGGAGCAACCAGAACAUGUUCCAGUAUUUCAGCUCCAGAAAAGAUAAAGGGCUUUAACACCUUCCCAGGGAAAAUAAAAAUAACCGCGCUCAUGCUAACUCCAAGCCACCGGUUCUGAUAAUAGCUUGUACGUUUGUUUAACUCUGUGAUCUCCCUUUUCACAAAUAGGUUUGGUUUCAUUAAAAUUACGUGUUGUCUUUCGUACCACUGUACUUGAGAAUCACAUUAACCUCGAAAAAUACCUUUUUGUUUUUUUGAUCUUGUAAAAUUACAGUAGCAGAAAUUCCUUGCAAUUUCGUUAUUUUUCCAGUGACAGAAAAGUGGGCUUGUAAAGUAUUCAGAAUGUUCCAAAAUCUACAUUGGGAAAAUAUUUGGAUACUGUCAAACAACUUGCCAGUGACCUUAUAGACUUAAUGGCAUUAUUUUAUUAGAGUUCAUUUUAAGGAAAUUUAGGAAGCAUUUGCUUCCAGUUUUGCACAGUAAAAGUCAAGAUUCUGAUAUUUGUAUUCUCCCUUUGUACAGCUAUGAGAAGUUCCCUGAAAGUCUUGUUUACUUCUGAGCUAACAUUUGACUUGCCUUAUUUAAAAUAAAUAAAUUAAGCUUGCCUUACAUUUUUCAUAUGACUCUGUUGGUCUCUGGGUAGCUCUAGUCUGUUGUAUAAUCUCAUUUCAUGUGCAUACACUUUUAAAAGAAACUUAAAUAAAAUUGUUCAGUGCUUA